AUGCAGAACCUCUCAGAGGGUUUACUUGAAGCAGUAAGAAAAGCAGCUGAAACUGCUGAACUGGAAUUGAAGCUCUGUACAUGUAUGAGAAUUCUAAACAAAAUUGAGACCUUGCAUACACAGUGGCAGGCUGAGGUGAAAGCUAAACAACAAUUGACAUUCACUGCAGAUCAAGUAUUCAUGAUGAAGAGCUUCACUGAUGCAAUCAUCAUCAUCAAUAAGAAUAGAGAAAAUCAGGUCUUAGACCUGUAG